UUAUUGUCUAGUUAGCAUACGACUGUUGUAUCUGAUGAAUCCUCGGAUAAUAAAAGCAUGUCUCGCUUAUCGUUAUUAUAUUUCGGAAUAAUUGCCAUAACGGUAUUUGGCGUUAAUGGUUAUAUAACGUACUUGAAUAUACCAUGUGAACCAUGUCUUAAAGAUUACCGUAACAAAGAAACAUAUUACAAAAGCAAGGAAUUUUGUGAGGGGUGUAUUCCAAAUUAUAACAAUUUCGGAUAUUCCUCUCUAGAUAAAUUUAAAAACAUAUUAUUAAAAUAUAAGGGCGAUUCCAAUAACCCUUGCACCAAUUUUUACGGAUACGUCUGCGAUAUUUGGGACAAAGCCAAUUCUCUGUUUCAGUCGAAAUGGUCUAUAAAAGACUAUAACCAGUAUACGACUUAUCAUCGUAUAAAACUGUUUCUGGAAAAAGAAAAUACAUAUAAUAAUUUCCUAUUCGUAAAAAUGGCCAAACAAUUGUAUCGAUCAUGCAUAGAUGAAGACUCUCGUGAAAGAAGAGGAUUAAAACCUAUACAACAAAUGUUGGAUGCCACUGGAGGAUGGCCAAUUCUAAUGUCUGAAGAAGAGUGGGACGCGAAAAAUUAUACUUGGCAAAAGAUGGACAAUGAUUAUUUUAAAUUGUACACCUUUCCUAUUCUUUUCAACAUAUUAUUUUCAACUGAUUAUGAAAAUCCUCGUAUUAUGAUACUGUCAUCGCUUCAACAACCUCUCGGUAACAAAAUACAAAUUGAUACACAACAAUUGCCUUACGAUAUGUAUAUGAACACAAUAAUGAAGGUAGUAUGUGCUUUCGCAAAAGACAAAGGAAUUCAGAUUCCGGUGCAGAAACUGCUCAUGGAUGUAGGAAACCUAAUGGAAUUCGAAAUAGAUCUUAAAAACAUUAUUGGAUACAACGAAAAAAGCACUCCAGUUGGUAAUAAAAUGACGAUUGCGGAAUUACAGGAAUAUUACGACCUUGCGGGAGCUCAACAUGCCACAGCGAAGAUUAAUUGGCUGGAUAAAAUACAAAUUGCUUUCAAAUUUUUUGACAUAACUAUAGACGCUUCGGAAACUGUCCUCAUCUUUAAUAAAGAAAUUUUACAUAAAUUGGCGCAUUUGCUAGACAUCACACCGCAACAUGUAAUCGUUAAUUAUUUACAAUGGCACGUCGUGAGUACAUUUAUGGGUAAUUUGAAUAAACAAAUGAGAGAUAUUGAAUUAGAUCUUUAUUAUUCAUACGAUAUUAAACUUCAUGAUAAGCUAAAACAAGAACAGCGAUGGUUAAAAUGUAUUAAGGCAUUUGAGAUGAAAGAUAUCGUCGUCUUACCGUUUAUCUAUGGCUCAAAAACAUCUACUUCGAUAAAUGAAAUGUUAAAUAUACUUGACAUAUUUGAUGACAUAAAGAAAGAAAUGAUGAAUUAUAUAAAAUCUUUAAUGUGGCUAAAUAAGUUGACGAAAAACUUUAUGGUACAAAAAAUUAAUAAUAUAUCACUGAAUAUUGGUUAUUCUGAAUGGUACCGGCAUCAGAUAGUACUCGCACAAAUGUAUAAAGGAUUGGAGAUCGGUAAUAAUUAUUUCACAAAUGUAUUAGCUAUCAUAAAGUAUCAAAAUAUAAUAAAACAAAGAAGUUUCAGAGACAAAAGUUCAUAUAGGUGGUCAUUUGAUUUUUUAUCUGACAAUCCCAGUUAUGACCAUCACUCUAAUGAGAUAUAUAUACCUGUUACUAUAAUGCAAUUUCCGUAUUUGUCAGCCAAUGUACAUACAGCUGACGCUAAUUACGGCGGAAUAGGUUCGGUUAUCGGACAACAGUUGGCUCACGUUGUAAAUUUGUAUAUUGGAUUAUAUUUCGACAAUUAUGGCAAUUUAAAAUUGGAUACUGAAAUUAGACACGCUUAUGAAAAAAGAACACACUGUCUCUUUCUGUCAAUUAUAAACAAUAUUGAACAAUAUCACAGUUUUAUUCUAAAUAUAACGAUCAAAAAUCCAGAAUAUAUUCAAUUGUACAAAAAUCUUAUUAAGGAUGAAGGCGUUGCACAUUUUAUUGGCACACAAAUUGCUUUCGCGGCAUUAAAAAGAAAAAGUUCAUUCCCGAUGUUAAGUGACUACCAAAGCUUCAAAAUUACAAAAGACACAGCUGAAGAUAUUAGCCGCCAACCUCGAAAGAUUCAGAAUAUUGUAAGCCAGGAGAGAUUGUUUUUUCUCCAUAACACAAUGAUAACAUGCGGGACAACAUUUCCUUACAACGAAGAUUUUAAUAAUAUCAGGGCUAUUAAAGCGCAAAUUAACAGCAAUCUGGCUAACAUAAAGGAUUUCUCUGAGGUAUUUGAUUGUCCAGUAGACAGUCCAAUGAACCCUAAAUUAAAAUGCAAAACUUGGAAUGAGGCAACACCUGAAGAGCAUUUUUACUACGGAACAAAUUAAAAAAUCGGAUGACACAUUAUUGAUAAUUCUGAUGAAGCAUUAUCAUCAAUGGAGUUUGGAUGAAUGCUAUAAUAACAUCACUGCAUUUGUCUGCUGGCGAUUAUGUAAUGCAAAAAACGAGAAAUUGAACAUUGAAUAUAUUAGCUGCUAUUGCGCAUAUUUUUUUUUUUUUUAUUAUAGUUAAACUAGCUCAAAAAUACAGAAUAUGAUCGCAGAGAUAAAAAGAAUUCUAUUAGAUUAUCUUAUAUAAUUAUACAU